GGCGGAACACUCGCCUGGCGGAGUGGGAGGGGCUCACGCGGAGCCGCAGGCCAGGCUUGAAAUAGAGGCUCACCAAGGCUGCGGCCCCAGCCGUCGCUUGGGUGACUUGCUGGCUAGAGUUGGGAUGGAGUCGGAGUGGGAUGCGCUGAGAGUGCUGGGAGCAGUUACCGCCCUGUGCCUGCUGCUGUGGGUGAUCUGGGGGGUGGGCAGCACGGUGUAUAUUUACCUGCUGCCCCAGGUGCGCCGGGGCAACGCCUGGCUCCGAUCGCACGGAGCCUGGGCAGUGGUGACAGGAGCCACUAGUGGCAUCGGCAAGGCCUAUGCACAUGAGCUCGCCCGCAGAGGUCUGAACAUCGUCCUUAUCAGCCGGGAUCUGAACAAGUUAGAGCGCGAGGCAAAGGAGAUAGAGCGGCUUCAUGGGAAAAGCACACGAGUCAUCCAGGUGGAUUUCACCGGGGGCUUGGAGAUCUACGAGGCCAUUGAGGCAGGACUGAAGGACCUGGAGAUCGGAGUACUGGUGAACAAUGUGGGCAGAUCGUACACACGUGACCUGAGGAAACUGCUGGACUGUGAGGACAUCGGCAAAAAAAUCUUGGAUGUUAUAAACUGCAACAUGCUGUCUGUGGCCCAGAUGACUCGAAUCGUCCUGCCCCAGAUGGUUGCCAGGGCCAAAGGCAUCAUCAUCAACAUCUCUUCAUCAGCUGACAGUCGUCCCUGUCCGUACUUAGCAAUAUAUGCAGCUUCCAAGGCCUUUGUGCGAAGCUUCUCGGCGGCAGUGGGCGCAGAGUACAGCUCCAAGGGGAUCUUGAUGCAGACAGUGAGCCCCUUAGUGGUUGAAACCAAUAUGACCUGGCCCUUGAAAAGCGGGCUGUUCGUAAUGAAGCCUGAAGACUUCGCUCGGCAGGCCCUGGACACGCUUGACCUCACCUCCCAAACCCCCGGAUGCCUCAACCACGCUGUGCAGAAUAUCCUGCUGACCAUCUUCCUGCCCAAUUGGUUUCUUCUCAGUCGCCAGGGAUUAAAGUCUUUAAAUCUCUUAGUGAACUGGAAUAGGGCAAUGUGGCUUGGUGCAACGAAGAAAGAACUGGAUAAAAGGCCGUGAAGAGGCGUGGCACCUUGUCUGGCAUCCCCCACCCCCUCCACCCCCUGCCCCCUCUGGAAUCCUGGGUGGGGGCUGUUGAUGUUAGCAAGGAUGUCCCACGCACGGAAGCAGAUGGACAAGCAGACCAGGAGAACAGAGUUGGACCCCUGAAUACCUGGACAUUUAGUGACAAGGCUGCAUCUCAAAUCUCUGGCAGAAAGAUGAAGUUUUAAAUAUGUGGCGCAGAGACAACUAGAUAGACAUUUUUUAAAAUUACUCAAUGAAUUUAUCACAUCUGUAGCUGUAUAGUGAUCACCACAAUCCAUUUUCACAGGAUUUCCAUCCCACAACCCAAGCACAUCCCCCCACCCCCCCUAGAUAGUCAUUUGAGGACAAACACACACACAUAUAGAUGCAAACAUAAAUAAAUCGGAGCAAAGAUGGCUGCACAACUUUGGGAAAUACUAAAACCCACUAGGAGUUCCUGUUGUGGCUCAGCAGUAACGAAAUCGACUAGUAUCCAUGAGGAUAUAGAUUUGAUCCCUGGCCCCGCUCGGUGGGUUAAAGGAUCUGGUUGCAGUGAACUGCCAUGUAGGUCGAAGACACAGCUGGAAUCUGGUGUUGUUCUGGCUGUGGUGAAGGCCUGCGGCUGCAGCUCCAAUUGGACCCCUAGCCUGGGUACUUCCAUAUGCUGCAGGCCUGGCCCUAAAAAGCAAAACAAAGAAACAAAAAAACCACUAAAUCGUACUCAUUAAAAUGGUGAGUUUUAUGGUAUGUGGGUUAAAUCUCAAUAAAAAAUAUUUUUAAAAAGAGA